AUGCAUGUUCAUCAAGAGCUUUACUCUGUACUAAAAAAAGAAAUAAAUCAGUUUAAUUUUCAAUUUCAAGGGAAAUUGCCAAGCGGACAAGAUAUAGCUGUCAAACGGCUUUCGAGUUCCUCUGGACAAGGGCUGGAGGAGUUUAUGAAUGAGGUUAUGGUAAUUUCCAAACUCCAGCAUCGCAAUCUUGUUAGACUUCUUGGCUGCUGUGUGGAAGGAGAAGAAAAGAUGUUGAUCUAUGAAUACAUGCCAAAUAAAAGUUUGGAUGCAUUUCUUUUUGAUCCAAUCAAGCAAAAACUCCUAGAUUGGAGAAAACGUGCCUACAUUAUUGAAGGGAUUGGGCGAGGACUACUUUACCUUCACAGGGAUUCCAGAUUAAAGAUUAUUCAUAGAGAUUUAAAGACGAGUAACGUUCUGUUGAAUGAAUAUCUAAAUCCGAAAAUUUCAGAUUUUGGUAUGGCAAAGAUUUUUGGAGACAACCAAGACCAAGCAAACAUUGGAAGGGUUGUUGGAACUUAUGGCUAUAUGGCUCCUGAAUAUGCAAUGGAAAGGAGAUUCUCGGAAAAAUUUGAUGUCUUUAGCUUCGGUGUAUCAUUAUUAGAGAUUGUAAGUGGGCGAAAAAACACUAGCUUUUAUCAUGAUGAAGAGUCAUCGAGCCUUCUAAGAUUUGGUGCUAGGCAAAUGAUAUGGAAUGUUGCUGAUACUGUGAAUGAGCCUUCUUUGUUACUGUUUAGCAAAUUGAGAAGAAUAGAGUACCUCCUCUCUGGUUUGGGUGUUCAUUCUCAGCUAUCAUUGUGCUUUUAUUGCUUUGCUCGGAAAGCGAUAGAUUGUUCAGAAGGAACGGGUUACUCUGAAUCGACAAAGUGGGUGUUUUGA